ACAAACAAAACAUCUUAAAAUCGUAGGUAGGAGCUGGUGGUUGUUGCUGCAGGAGGGGGUUGUGCGCUACGUCAGCAGUCAAAGGCAUGGGAUGGAGGUUUGACAGAGCCCAGAGUCUGAGGGCACAGCUGCUGCAGUAGCGCCCUUCCUGUUUUGCGGACAGUGGAGUCACUGAAGUGACCUGGGAAUAUCUGUUGUUAAGAAAUGAUGAAGAAGUUGUGAUUGCUUGCUGUCUAUCAUUUAUUCAGGCUUAGAAAGUAAGCAGACAAGGGUGGGGAGAGAUAUUCACUGUGACCCACGCUGGCUUCGAUCACCUCUUUGCUGAUCUGUGGUUUCAAUGUGCUGGUGACAAAAGGCAUGAGGGUGCUGAAGGAAGCAGAAGAUGAUCGGAAAGCAGCAGUAUUUCAUAGGUGACAGCCCUGGUUGUUCAGAUAGGUAUCUACAGAGUGAGAACAGAAUUGCAGAGUAGAACCAAUGGCAUUAGUGGCUUUAGUCUAUUGAUUGAUGCAUGAUGUGAAGCACAUCCCCAACAGUGUCAUCAGCUUUGGAAAACCGAGCCCUGUGAGCAGGUGACCAGGCAGCUGCUGGUGGCUGAGGAUAAAGCUGGCUGUCCUGUGAUGAGUCAAAAUAGCAUUGGUUUUCAUUUCACGUGAGGUGCUUACGUUAACAGAGAGUGCUAAAGGUGAAAACAGAAAAAUAAGAAUUCUGCAAGUACCAUGCUGAACAAGGCAUAAAAGCUGCACUGCUCCCAAGAGCCGUGUGUUAUUUCUGGAAGGAAAAAAUUCUCUAAAGACUGUUUAUUGCAUAAUUAGAAUAAUGCAAGUGAGGAAUAGGCAAAUGUAGUGGUAGAGCUUGCUGCAGGAUUGUCUUCUGCUACGAGACGGGUGGCUUACCUCAGACUCACAGCAAAACAGAUGGCUAAGCAUGCUUGGGGCGUUUCUGGAGGAGGCGAAGAAUGGAAUGCAAAGGAAAGAAAAUGGUCCUUUCUUGUGGGUACUGUGAAAGGAGAGAAAUUGUGCAUCAGUGUUUCCCAGUUCAGUACCAACCCCUCCAGUACUUACUGCAUUGGUGACAGCAAGGACCAUGCUCAGAAUGCAGGACAGCAGCAGGAACUUCAUUGUGAGAGAGACUCCUGUGAAGCAGACAGCAAGCAGAGUUACGGCUUUUGGCUGAAAAGGAGAUGUGGAGGAGUAAUAAGGCUGUCCUCUGAGAGGAGUGACAGGGAAAUGGGGCAGCAGGAGCUGUACUGUGAGUUGUGUGCACCACGUUGGGUGUCCUCGAGUGCCAGCUCUGUGUUUGAGCUGCUGACUGUGCAGCCAGGGCCCCUCCAGCAGGGUCUGCAGGAGCAGGUUUGUCCAGGACUGUGUCCAGGUGGGAUCGGAGCCUCUCCUGUGGUGGAGGCUCUACAGCCAGUAUGGACAACCUGCUCCAGCACCUGCCUGCAGCAUAGCUCAGGGUCCAUGUGUAUAACAACAUCAGUAGAAUUCACCAUCAAUGUGUUCAUCAAGGAGAAGUCAUGCCUGACAGACUUGACAAGGUCCUGCAAUGAAACAGCCUGAUGGAUGAGCGGAGGGCAGAGGAUAUUGUCUUCUUUGGAAUCAGUAAGGCCUUUGCCACUGUCUCCUGCAAUGUCGAAAGAAAUUUGACUUCUUUGAAAGAAAGUCCUCAUCCUCAGUGAAAAGAACUGACAGUGACUGUAGAAAAGAAAUAAAGUGCCCCUCCAAAAUGGGCAGAAGUGGGAAUAACUGGAGAUUAAUUUGAGUAACGUGUGGAAAUCCUAAUCUGCCUUGGAGAUGUAGUUGUUUGCCUCAGGGAACUUGGACGGUUUUAAGGAAAGUCUUCCCUGUUUGUCCUGAUGAGUUCUGUUUCACUGCAUCUUCUUCUGCCACUUGGCUGGAGCAGAGCCCCAGUUGGUUUUAAGCUCUGUGGGGAAUAAGACAAUCCCUUGUGUGCUGACCUUUCCUAAACAGGCUGAUGAACUAGCUUUGAUUGUUGUAAACAGGCUGAGCCAUGGCUGUGGUCAGGCAGAACAAAAUGCUGUCAAAACUUCUUCCUCCCUAAGAGAUUUAAAGUCCCAGAGAAAGGCUCUUUAUCAAAUGGAAUUUGCACAGAGCAAGCUAAUAUACACUAAUCCAAACUCAUGUAUAUGCCCUGCUGUGUGAUGUUACAGAAGGUGCGGUGGGUGACAUGUCAGGUUUACAGGAGGAACUGUCAGCAAAAUAUGUUUUGGUGGUCACCCAUCCUUUUUUUAUGAAAGAUGUGCUGAACUUUCUGAUGGCUUUAUUCAUUGCCCCAUGGAGAAUCAGGCCGGAGUUGCACUCAUAUGAGGGCAAAGGAGCAGGAGCCAGGUGGAGUUCUGUGUUCUGAGCUACCCGAAUGGCAUUUCUGAAUGCCAUUCCUUUUGACAUGGUUCAGGUGAAGGCUGUUUUCUGAUCUCACUCUGUAGGAAGUGUUUGGGGUCUCCUGCUUCCAGCAGAGUACAUCUGGAGUGGUUGUUUUUGGUGAAGUGCUUGGCUUGACAUCACAAAGAUACUCAUGUGUAAUGAUCUCCUUUUUUAAAUUGCCAUGUGUUCUGCCAGUAUGCAUUUGUAAUGUAACUGUUCUUGGAUCAGCCUGUUGUAUUUUGCAUAUCUAAUUGAGUAUACAUUGCCCAGUUCGUGCUUUGAUUUACUUCUGUGUAAUUCAGCACCCAGAACCCUAGCCAGAAUAGAAAUGUUAAUAAGAAAUUGAAGAAUUUAAAAGAUCACUUGAAUUUCUUCCUCCAGCUCUAAUGAUGUAACUGCAUUGUCCUAUUUGAAAGGGAUUACUUACUUUUCUCUUUUCAUUUAGAAAUUCAGAUAUAUUCAAAUUGUGUUCAUAAUUGGAUAUAGAAGGAUUUUUAUCUUACCUACUCUAAGAAGAGUGAAGGCUCCAUUAAUGUCCAGAAUUGGCUUGUAUAAGAUCAGUUGUUAAUAGAGAUUUGGCUUUGGCUGCUUUGGCUGCACAGUUGUUCAUCCUGUAUGUGGGGCAGAUGUUUGAUUCCACUGGAGAUGCACAGAACUACAGACUUGUUACUCUUCUCCUGGAACUUCUUUCUGUUCUUAAUUAGCACAUCAGCAGUGCAGCCAGACCC